AUGACCAGCAGCACCGAAAUCUAUUUCACAAAUCUGCUGAAACCUGUACCCUACUAUAAUCUCGAAGUUGUUCAAUGGGCAUUGAUUUUCGGAGUGUCGUUUAUUUUGGGCAUCGGUUUAGGCGCCAACGAUGUUGCUGACGCGUUCGGCACCGCAGUUGGUGCUGGAACACUUACAGUGACGCAGGCUUUUGUACUGGCGUCCGUUGUAGAGAUGAUGGGAUCAGUAGCGAGUGGUUUAGCAGGUGAGAUUUUAAAAUUAGGUAGAUCACACCUUGGAAACCAAAUUUUUUCCUAGGAAAUGGCGGAGUAUCGUUGCAAAUCAUCGACACUCAACAAUACGCCAUGGACCCGGAAGAGCUGGUUCUGGGUCAUCUGGCAAUGCUCAUCGGCUGCUCGGUUUGGCUGAUAAUUGCCACGUUUUACGGAAUGCCAGUCUCAUCGAUUCAUUCGAUUCUGGGAGCCACCAUCGGUUUUUCAUUGGUCCUCAAAGGAUUCACCGGAAUCAUUUGGUAUCGAGUUGUGCACAUUGUGGUGGUCUGGCUCAUCUCGCCAUUUUUAUCAGCGAUUUUUUCCCUCCUCAUAUUUUUCACCAUUGAUUUCGCGAUUUUGCGACGUGAAAACCCCGUGCAACGUGGAUUAUUCUACCUUCCUCUGAUCUACCUGAUUGUGAUUUUCACCAAUGUUUUGCUGUUUUUAUUAGAUGGAAGUCAAGUUUUACAUCUCUCCGAUGUUCCGGUAGCAUAUAUGUUGGCGGUUUCGCUGAUAGUUGGAAGUUUGGCUGGAUUUUUUGCGCUUUUUCUAGUGGGUCCGAUAAUGAAGCAAAGAUUGAGGAGAGAGAAAAUCGAGCUGCCACGAAUUGAAAGCAGUUUAUCAUACACGAAAAAUGAUUCAAGCCUAUGUUCGAAAUUAUUUCCCCGAGAUCGAAAAGAUGAUCAGAAAUCGGUGCGACUGUUUUCACUUUUGCAAAUCAUUACGGCGUGUUUUGCGGGCUUUGCACAUGGAGCAGAUGAUGUGAGCAAUAGUGUGGGACCGAUUCGAGAUUUGGUGCAUUUUUAUAAUCAGAGUUAUCAGGAUGAUAAUACAACGUUGAAUGUGAGUUGGAUUUUGAGGCCUAUUUUGAAAAUUUAGGUUAGACUACAUUCUAGUUUGUGACCAUUGUUUAUUCAGAGAUUUAGGUUUAGGCAAAUAUUGAUGUACAUAAUUUUUUUGGAAACAAAAGUUCUAAACCCAAUCCUUCAGAUUUCUGUCUACAUCGGUCUCCUUUCUACGCUCGCAAUUCUCCUGGGCAUUUGGUCCCUAGGAAUCCGCGUCAUCAAAACCGUCGGUGAAGAAAUCUCAAAAAUGAACCCAGCCACCGGAUUUUCCGUUGAAUUCGGUGCCGCCAUUGUGGCCUUGGGUGGAAAUGCGAUCGAUAUUCCACAAAGUAUGACUCACUGUCUAGUCGGCUCAAUCAUCGGGCUUGGCAUCGUCAGAUCUGGUCCACCAGUUCAAUGGAAGACUGUGAAAUACGUAUUCAUGUCUUGGGUCUUAACGAUGCCAGUGUCUGGGGCAAUAUCUGCAUUAUCUAUUUAUUUGAUGAAACGUAUUUUUUUCGUGUUUCAGGUUGAUUCAUAA